ACUUCCGGUUCGGCUCAUUCCUUUGGAUUCACGAGGCGGCAGAGAUGGCGUACCGCGGGCAAGGCCAGAAAGUGCAGAAAGUGAUGGUGCAGCCCAUCGGUUUUGAUGAAUACAUGAAUCUAGUGCUGGAUGAUGCAGAAGAAAUCCACCUCAAAACAAAAUCUCGCAAACAGCUUGGACGUAUCAUGUUGAAAGGAGAUAACAUCACUUUACUACAGAGUGUCAUGAAUUAAUGCUUUGGAUUAAUCUGUUCUCCACCGCUGUUCCCAUACAUCUUCAUCAGUGAAGAAAGGAAGAAUUAACCAGUGUACUUAUUCCCCCUUUUGUGGACUUUUUCAACUGUGUUGUAGAUUUCUAGCUGUUAUGAUGCCCUCAAGGAUUACAAUGUAACUUUUUUUUUUAUAUAUUUUUAAAAUCAAACUAUUUCAGAUGUUGAAGGCAGUUGCAUAAAAACUAAUGUAUCUGCAAGGAUUUGAGUUGUGUACAAUUGUACAACUAGGUUAAAGCAUUUUUUUUUCCCAGAGAAACUAAACGUGAUAGGGCUUAGAGCCCAUGAAGUGGGUUUCCCCAGAGUAUGUUUUUGAUACUGAGUUCCAAAUAAACCAAAUGUUUUUGGAAUUGUUUGUGUAAAA